AUGGCAAAUGUAUUGGGAGGUCCUGUAAAAUUACCACCUGACUUUGAUCUUCAAGGGCAGAAUGCUGCAGCAGAAUGGAAAUUCUGGAAAACCACUUUUGAAGAUUAUUUAGUAGCAACAGGCCAACGUGAAUCAACAGAUAUAGUUAAACUGUCAAUUUUAAGAAAUAUUAUCGGCAUAGAUGCUGCUAGAACAAUGUCGACCUUCGCUAUACCAGAUAAUGAAACGAACAAGUAUAAAUCUAUGUUAGAAAUAAUAGAGAAAUAUGUGAAUCAUCGAGUCAACGAAUGUUUCGAAAGAUAUACAUUUCUGAAAAGAAUCCAAAAAGAAGGUGAACCAUUUGAACAUUUUCUGACAGAUUGUCGACAUCUUGUAAAAAGUUGCAACUACAACACGAUUGAUCCUAACGAGUCAAAUGAAGAUAAAGCAUUACGAGAUAAAAUUGUAAUGGGAAUCAAGGAUCCAACAACUCGCGAGGCUCUUCUACGAAUAGACCAGUUAUCGAUGGACAAGGCUGUCAACUUUUGUUGGACGAGUGAACAAAGUAAACAACAAAGCAUGCGAUUUCAAGAAGAAGAAGCCGAAAUAAAUUAUAUAAAGAAACAAAAUUCAGGUGAACAUAAAAUUACAACUAAAGAAAAUUUCGAAGCUGUAUGCCACCCUCCAACUAAAGUCCCAAUUAAAAUACGUAAUGAAUUAAAAACGGAAUUACAGAGAUUAGUUGAUCGAAAAGCUAUUAGUAAAGUAGAUGAAAUGAAACCAAACGCGAGUGUGAAUACAAUGGUUAUUGUUGAAAAACCAAGCGUUUUUGAUCUAUCAGAAGGAUAUCAUCACUUAGUUUUAACCGAAGAAUCCUCUUGGAAAUGUUGUUUUGCCACUCCUUUCGGUAUAUUUCGGUUCACAGUAUUACCUUUCGGUUUAUCAAACUCUCAAGACCUUUUUCAGGAAGAAGUAGAAAAACACUUCGGAGACAUAGAAAAUGUACAAAUUUGUCAUGAUGAUAUGAUCGUAUCAGGCAAAACAAAAGAAGAACAUGAUAAAGCUGUACUCGAAAUUGUAACGCGAGCAAGACAAGUCAAAGCUAAAUUUAAUAAAGAUAAAUUUCAAUAUUGCCAAGAUAAAGUCAAGUUUAUGGGGCAAAUAUUUUCGGAAAUAGGAAUGCAAAUUGACCCUGAUAGAAUCGAAUCAUUAUGUAAAUUAGAAAUCCCUAAAAAUAAAGUCGAAUUGCAAAGAAUUUUAGGUUCGUUCAACUACGUUAGGCGUUACGUAAAGAAUAUGUCUUCAAUUAUGCAUCCCUUAUAUAAAUUAUUAAAAUCCAAUUCUGAAUGGUGCUGGUUGCCGAAACACCAAGAAACCUUUGAUAAAUUGAAACAAAUUAUAAGUCAAGCACCAGCCCUCGUUCCAUUUGAUCCAAAAAGAAAGAUUGUCCUUCAAUGCGAUGCUUCUAAAAACGGAAUCGGUUGUUGCAUGUUUCAGCAACAUGAAAAUAACAUGUUGAAACUAGUUGCUUGUGCUUCUCGCACUAUGAACGAUCACGAAAUUAAUUACAGCCAAACAGAAAAAGAACUUCUUGCGAUUCAAUACGAUAUGUUAUCGCGAUCAAGUUUAAAGACGGAAAAAUAUAAUGAUCCCGAAAUGUUAAAAAUGAUUCAUUCAAUUACUACACAUUUGCCUAUGAGUAAUGAAAGAAAAGAUCAAUUUAGACAAGAGACUAAUAAAGAUAUAACCGUGAAAACUUGUUCGCCACAUUACCACCAAAGCAAUGGUCUAGCGGAAAAAGCUGUCAGUAUAGGUAAACAGAUAUUAAGAAAAAGUAUAGAAGAUAAUUAUGAUUAUAGAGAAGGUGUAUUAGAAUACAACAAUUCACCUAUUAUACAUUUAGAUGCUUCUCCUGCUCAAAUCUUACAAAGUCGAAAUUUAAGAACACAGUUACCGAUAACUAGCGAACAAUUUAUUUGUGAACCAGAAUUAUAUCAUAGUAAUAUUCAAAUGCUUGAUAAUUAUGUAAUCAACGAACAACACACUAACAGAAAUUUACAUCAUUCUCCAAACAAUGUAGAAUUUAACGACGAUAUUUUUCAAACUCCCAGAAAUUCUCCUGUUUCUAAUAAUGAUACAAACCUCAUCUCGAAUAAUGAUAAUCAUGUAUUGAAUAACAAGUCGAAUAACAGUAAUAAUCAAAUCAUCGAUAAAAUGUGUUCACGAUAUAGCCGUACUGUAAAACCCGUUCGGCGACACAAUCUUUAA